AUGUCCAACCUUGCGAUCCCUUAUGAACUCCCGUCUGUGGAGGUUGAAUGGCUGAAGCGCGAUGUAAUCCUCUUUGCACUCAGCAUCGGCUGCAUAAUUGAUGAAUUGCAGUUUCUUUAUGAACUCCAUCCAAAGUUUGCGGUGUUUCCCACCUAUCCAACCAUUUUGCCUUUCAAACUCACCGACCAAGAAGUCACCGAGUACUUCAGCCGACAAUCGCUCCCUUCUGUUCCCGGGUUGCCAAAGUUUGACCCAAAGCACGGUGUUGAUGGGCAGCGCACACUCACAAUUUUCAAACCUCUACCUACCGCUAGCACUGGACGGUCUUUUGAGCUUCGUAGCAGAGUGGUUGCCAUCUACGACAAAGGAAAGGCUGGAACUAUCAUUGAGACGGAACAAUCAAUUGUAGAGAAGAAUUCCGGGGAGGUUUACUCCCGAGCCUUAGGAAGCGCGUUCCUCAUCGGGCAGGGAAACUGGGGCGGACCCAAAGGAUCCGUCUCCACUCAAUUCUCUCCUUCUGAGGGCAGGAUACCCGAUGCUAGAUUCGAGAUUCAGACGAGCAACGAGACUGCUCACCUGUACAGGCUCAACGGGGACUAUAACCCCCUCCACGCUGUUCCUGAUCUCGGCCAGAAGAUGGGUUUUGGAGGCACAAUUCUCCACGGCAUGUAUAGCUGGAAUGCCGUUGCCCAUGGAAUUCUCAAACAAAUGGCCUCCAGCGACCCGCAAACCCUGAGGGAAUUUUCCGCACGAUUCGCUUCUCCAGUCAAGCCCGGUGACACUCUGAUCACAGAAAUAUGGAGAAUGGGGAUAGGGCAUGAAGGCUUUGAAGAUGUUCGAUUUGUCACCAAGAACCAGAAGGGUGUGCCUGUUCUGAGUAAUGGACGUGCUCUUUUUCGGGUUCAGUGUGCAUCCCUGUGA